UGCUUAGUUUCGUCAAUCAGCUCGAACAGUUCGCACGCACAUUCGGAGUUACGGUCCUGUGUUCCGUCCUAGUUGACUAGGUAAAUCGCGAGAUCACGAGAAACAGUGAGGUGGAUUGCAAGCGAACGAACCCCCCGUUUAUCUUCGGUACAGAUUAACCGCGCGGAAGGAAACGUUUCCACGUUGCGUACUCUCCCUGAACAAAAAUCACACAGAUAAGGCCCCAAAAUGAGCACGGACGUGGCGCUCAACAAUGACCUCACCCUGACGGAGGAAAAGAAGAUCACCAGCACACCGGUGAUGGAGUUCUACCGAGGCAAGAACGUCCUGGUCACCGGUGGAACCGGCUUCAUCGGACGGCUGCUGAUCGAGAAGCUACUGAGAAUCGACGUCCGCCAGAUUAUUCUGCUGUCGCGACCCAAGAAGGGCAAAACGGUAGAGCAGCGAUGUGACGAGCUGUUUGGCAGUGUGGUUUUCAUGAAUCUGAAGAAAAACUACCCCACCUUCAUGGAUCGAGUCAAAAUUCUAGACGCAGAUCUGCAGCAUCCGGGUGUCGGUCUGGCCGAAGAAUCCAUCGACUACAUCGUCAAGAAUACGCAGAUUGUCUUCCACGCAGCGUCCGACGUCCGCUUCGAUCAAGCUCUGAAGAAGGCCAUCGAGGUCAACGUCCGGGGUACGCGGGAUCUGCUGCGGAUUUGCGAGAAAAUCAUCAAUUUGGAGCUCUUCAUCUACAUCUCGACGGCGUAUUCCAACUGUCCAGAGGAGACCAUCAAGGAAGAGUUCUAUCCUCCACCGUCCGACCCGGAGAAGAUGAUCCAGCUGGUCGAAGCCAUGGAUGAUCACUUCGAGGAUCACAUCAACAAGACGAUCAACGAGUUCAUUCACCCAUGGCCGAACACUUACGUCUACACCAAAGCCCUGACCGAAGACAUUGUGCGUCAGUUCGGCGAGCUGCUCCCAAUUGCCGUCGUUCGACCUUCCAUUAUCAUCGCAACCAACGAGGAACCAAUCGAGGGUUGGACGGACAACAUUUACGGUCUGAACGGGGUCAUCGCCGGAAUUGCCCUCGGUAUCAUCCGUGUCAUGCUGGUCAACGAUGACAACGAUGCGGACAUCAUUCCGGCCGACAUAGUCGUGAACGGAGUGCUGGCCGCCGGCUGGCAGACCUACAUUGAACGUUUUAUUUAUCACCACUUCAGGAAACACGACCGAGCCGUUGAGGCCAAGAACACCAGCACCGAUAUGAAGGCUGUGGUCCGGCCAAAGACGAAAAUCUACAACUGCGUCACCGGAAACGAUAACCCCAUUACUUAUCAGAAAAUUUACGACUAUUCCAUCCAAGUUGGUGAGCACUGUCCCCCGAAGCGAUCGCUGUGGGUGGUUUGUCACAACACAACGACCAACAAGUACGUGUACGAGUACUACAAGUUUCUGUACCAUAUAGUGCCAGCGUUUCUGAUUGACACCUAUCUGCGAGCGAUUCGGAGAACGCCACGCAUCAUGGACCUGUACCGGAAAGUGCACAAAUUCGCUACGGUAAUUUCGUACUUUGCCAACGGUCGGUGGCACUUCGAGAAGGAGAACAUGCAGGCCCUGGUGAAGAAGCUGUCCCCUGAUGACCAGGCCAUGUUCCCGUGUGACAUCGCCAAGAUCAACUGGCCCCGACUACUUCUGGACGUACAUCCACGGAUUGCGGCGGCACAUUGCCAACGAACCGAUGGACAACCUGGAGGAGGCCAAGAAGCGGACACGGCAGAUGCGAUUCGUGCACUGGUUCAUCCUGGCGGCGUAUUACUUGUUCUGGAUAGUGCUGCUGUUCUACAUCUGCAAGUGGAUACUGUUCUGAGGGCGAGUUCUCAGUCUUCAACGUCUUCAACCCAAUCAAUCAAGUGACCAGGCAGAGUGUGAUAGAUUGCAGUUAAUUUUUUGAGUGUUAAUGUGAGCGUUGAUGUCUGUGUUUGUGAAUGAUUGAGUGUGCAUGAGAUGUUUGCGUUUGACAUCAUUGACUUGGGGAGAUGAGCUAUGCUCAGUAAUCCCUCCACCACCGCUGCUCCUGCUCAAGAUCACACGGGCUUUCUCUGGCUAAAUCCCCCCACAGACGGCAACCAAACAGCAGAGGAACCUCCGGUGAACCAUUUGUACAUUGUAUUUUAUGGACCUUAAUGAAAAUGAUUCUUUUUUUUGUUCUGACUAGCUUUAAGUCACCAAGGUGUAUCUAAGUAUGUAUCUAUGUAUAGGUAGUAUACGUAUUCAAGUUAGGAAGUCUUCCAGUAAACCGGACGCAUCCUACAGACAGGUGUUGAUAGUCGAACGAAUAAAUGUUAACUUAUUGACUAUACUCUUACAUGA